AUGCUGCUCGUUCCCCACAGUUCCAAUAAUGUUGAUAAUAAUCCAUCAGAUCAGUUUGCUGUCCCGGAUGACGUCAUUAACUCAGACAAGUUGAUCCGCCAUAGGGCUUCGCGAGGCAUCCUUCCUGUCAUCAGAAAGCAAGGCAUCCCGGAUACUGCUGACAGCAAGUACAACGGCGACGGCGAUGACAUAUAUCAAGUUGGGAAUGUCAUUCUAGAGGCUUUCCGUGAGUAUUCGUUGCUGCACCUGCCUUCUUCUCCAGCAAAACAAGGUGAUGAAGCCACCAAGACUGCUGCGCACUUCUUAGCAUAUCAUGGCCUCAUAGCAGAGCACCUCAAAUUGGAUGCACUCUGCGAGGAUAGUAAGCAACUCGACCUGUUGGAGUGCACACAGUGGAUCUCACAUGUGGGUGACCAAGGAUGGUGUUUAAGCAGAGAGUGGCUGAGACGACAGGGAUCCAGCGGCCCAACCGCACUAAUUAUAGAGCAUUGCUCACAGCACUCAAAGCUGUUCAUGAAGCUUGAAUCCGAUCAUUUCUUUGCCAAGGUCCCGUGUCUUCGUCUUCUUGAUCUCUCCUACACUCCAAUAAAAUCACUUCCUGCUACCUCCAAGAACUCCAGUACCUUUCCCUUGUUGGAUCCAAACGAUGCUAGAACGCCGUGGAACGUCGUGCUUGCCGGCGACGUGGUGACUGCGAUCACCACUUAA